GCGGGGCCUUUGUCUCCUUGCGGCGGGCGGGGUGCUGGGUUCCCCUCUGCUGCCUCUCGGAGAGUCCCGGGUGACUGCCGCAGGCUCCAUCGCCCUGUGGCCUGCAGGUAUUGCGAGAUUUAUAGGGAGGACGCUGGGACCCCCAAAAGCUGGGAAAUGGGACUGUUGGCAUUCAGGGAUGUGGCUCUAGAAUUCUCUCCAGAGGAGUGGGAAUGCCUGGACCCAGCUCAGCAGAGUUUGUAUAGGGAUGUGAUGUUAGAGAACUACAGAAACCUGAUCUCCCUUGGUGAGGAUAACUUCAAUAUGCAAUUCCUAUUUCACAGUCUUGCUAUGUCUAAGCCAGAACUGAUCAUCUGUCUGGAGGCAAGGAAAGAGCCCUGGAAUAUGAACACAGAGAAGACAGCCAAACACUCAGCUUCGUCUUCUUAUCUUACUGAAGACAUUUUGCCAGAGCAGGGCCUGCAAGUUUCAUUCCAAAAAGUGAUGCUGAGAAGAUAUGAAAGAUGUUGUCUUGAGAAAUUACGCUUAAGGAAUGACUGGGAAAUUGUGGGUGAGUGGAAAGGGCAGAAGGCAAGUUAUAAUGGACUUGACCUAUGCUCAGCAACUACUCAUAGCAAAAACUUUCAAUGCAAUAAAUGUGUGAAAGGUUUUAGUAAAUUUGCAAAUCUAAAUAAACGUAAGAUAAGCCAUGCUGGAGAAAAACCAUUCAAAUGCAAAGAAUGUGGCAAUGUCUCUUGCAUGUCUUUAAUAAUGACUCAACAGCAGAGAAUCCAUAUUGGAGAGAACCCCUACCAAUGUAAAAAAUGUGGCAAAGCCUUUAAUGAGUGCUCAUGCUUUACUGACUGUAAGAGAAUUCAUGUUGGAGAGAAACAUUGCAAAUGUGAAGAAUAUAAUAACAUUUUUAAGUCUUGCUCAAGUCUUGCUAUUGUUGAGAAAAAUCAUACUGAAAAGAAAACCUACAGAUGUGAAGAAUGUGGCAAAGCUUUUAACCUGUGCUCAAUUCUUACUAAACAUAAGAAAAUUCAUACUGGAGAGAAACCAUACAAAUGUGAAGAAUGUGGCAAAUCCUUUAAGUUGUUCCCAUACCUUACUCAACACAAGAGAAUUCAUAGUAGAGAGAAACCCUACAAGUGUGAAGAAUGUGGCAAAGUCUUUAAAUUGUUGUCAUACCUUACUCAACAUAGAAGAAUUCAUACUGGAAAGAAAACCUUCCAAUGUGAAGAAUGUGGAAAAGCCUUUAACCAGAGCUCACAUCUGACUGAACAUAGGAGAAUUCAUACUGGUGAGAAACCAUACAAAUGUGAGGAAUGUGGCAAAGCUUUUACCUGGUUCUCAUACCUUAUUCAGCAUAAGAGAAUUCAUACUGGGCAGAAACCCUACAAAUGUGAGGAAUGUGGCAAAGCUUUUACCUGGUUUUCAUACCUUACUCAACAUAAGAGAAUUCAUACUGGAGAGAAACCCUACAAAUGUGAUGAAUGUGGCAAAGCUUUUAACUGGUUUUCAUAUCUUACUAAUCAUAAGAGAAUUCAUACUGGAGAGAAACCCUACAAAUGUGAAGAAUGUGGCAAAGCCUUCGGCCAGAGCUCACACCUUUCUAAACAUAAGAUAAUUCAUACCAGAGAGAAACCAUACAAGUGUGAGGAAUGUGGCAAAGCCUUUAACCACUCUGCACAACUUGCUGUACAUGAGAAAACUCAUACCUGAGAAAAACCCUACAAAUCUAAACAAUAUGGCAUAGUCUUUAAUACCUAUUCACAACUUUACAGCAGAACAUUUUUACUGAAUAAGAGUGUUACAAAUGUAAUGACUGUCAAAAGGCCAUUUACAGUCUAUAAGCCUUUGAGUGCACUAAAAUGUUUAGGCUACGAACAAUACAAAUAGACCGGUUCAACACCUCCACUUAUAUCACAGCUCUUACUGUACACAGAAGAAUUUAUACUGGAGGGAAACCCUCCAGUUGCUCCAACUGUAUUCAACUUCAAAGACUUUGUAUUGGAGAGAAACCCUACAAAUGUAAUAAAUGCAGAAAAAACAUUUGUUCAAAAAAUAUAGCUUAGAAAACACCAGAGUGUUCACACUAAAAACCGUUUUACAGAUGCAGUAAAUGUGAAAAAAUAUCUAAUCAAAAAUUACAUCAAAACACAUCCAAGAAUUCAUAGUAAAAAGCACUAAGUCACUGACACUUUCAGACAUUACUGUAAAUCUGAGUGUUGGUUAUAGAGAAUAAUUCAAAGUUAAGUUAAAAUAAGUAGGAGAUUCACCUUUUGGGGAAUUUAUAAUUACAUUUCAAGUAUACCUUUUGGUGCCAGGCACAGUGGCUCUUUCCUAUAAUUGCUGCACUUUUGGAUGCCGAGGUGGGGGGAUUGCUUGAGCCCAGGAGUUUGGGACCAGGCUGGGCAACAUGGCAAAACCUCAUCUCUACAAAAAAUAAAAUAAAAGCCAGGCUUGGUGGCACAUGCCUGUUGUCCCAGCUACUUGGAAGGCUCAGGUGGGAGGAUUGCUUGAGCCUGGAGGUUGAGGAUGCAGUGAGCUGCUAUCUUGCAACUUCACUCCUGCCUGGGCAACAGAGCAAGACCCUGUCUCCAUAAUAAUAAUAACAACAUAAUAAAAAAGUAUACUCGGUGCA